AUGAAUAAAGCAAAAGAGCAACUUGAAAAAUUUAAACAAGAACAAUUAAAGAAAAAAGAAAUUCCUAAGGAGGAAAGUAACGAAGAAAAUGAAUCAAUAAUAAGAGACUUCUGGUUAUAUGUAACUCAAGAAUACUUUUGGUAUACUUAUCUUGGAUUUGGAAUAGUAUAUUUAAUAUGUUUUUUGAUGUUCCUAAUGUUUCUUAAUAUGGGUAAAAGAAAGAAAGGUGAAGUAUCUGCAUAUUCCGUAUUUAAUGAAAAUUUUGAAGCUCUUCCUGGGCAGAUGACAGCUGAACAAUUUGAAGAAGCAAUGUUAAAAAGGAAAAAAUUAAACUAA